AUGUUUGCUACCUACUGCCCACCACCUAAUUACCACCUAAUUAUCCAUAACAGCUCACUAAUCACAUUACAAUAUGAUGAACGAUAUGUAGUUUCUUUGAGCGACGUUGAUCGAGCUUGUGCCAAUACUUACUCGGAUACUGCCAGUAACGAUGAUCUUCUUGGAACUUGGUAUGAUGUUUUCAAAUUCGCACCAAAUUUAAACUUACCACCAAGUUCGUCUUGCCGAGAAAGUGUAGUGACUAGGGCUAACCAAUCUGAAGUACAGAGGUAUUCGGGAGCAUAUUACAGAUUGGACAACCCUUACUCUUUUAACGACAAUCCAGUACUGAUUAAUGAUAAUUUUUUUUUUGGUAUGUUGAUGGGAAAAACAGCAACGAGAUUUUAUGUUUCCGAUCCUAACACAACAUUUUACCGAGAAGAUAGUUAUGAAGCAAGAGUUUAUAGAAAAGUAAAUGACGAAUAUAUGCUGUAUCAAAGAUGUGAACUGAGAGGUAAUGAGAAGUGGCUGCUGUCUAAAAAGAGAAAUCCUUCUACGGCUGAAUUGAAUGAAGUUAUCAAAUCUAUAGAACCUGAAGUGAGAUAUUUCCAAACUCAAAGGUUUUGUCAU